AUGAACGACUCUCCCCCCAAGAAAAAGACGAAACAGCGAAGUUACAGUGUCCGCGAGAAGCUGGACGCUGUCCGGCGGAUGCAGGAGGUCAGAAUGGAGGUGGUGGCAACAGGCUGA